UUAAAUUCAGAAGCAUGUCUGUCUCUGUGUCUUUGCCUGAACUACUCUGACCUCUCUCUCUCUCUCGAGACUUUCUCUCUCCUGAAAUGCACUAUUUAUGCAUGUUGCCAAAGACUCAGAAUUUUCAAGAGUUCCAAACAGAAAAACACAGCUAAGAAAAAAGGGUUUUCUUUUACAUUCAACAGCAAAAGAUAAGUCUUGAGUUCUUCAUAAUGAAAUCUGAUCAAAGCCAAUCCCUGAACAUGGAGACUGUGGUUCUGAAGGUGAAUGUGGACUGCCAUGGUUGUCGUCGAAAAGUUAAGAAAAUUCUGAAAAAGAUUGAAGGGGUUUAUGCAGUACACAUAGAUGCAGAACAGCAGAGAGCCGUAGUUAUAGGAGUUGCAGACUCGGAUACAUUGAUCAAGAAAUUGGCAAGGUCAGGCAAACAUGCAGAGCUCUGGUUUCCAAAGUCCCAGCAACCAGACUUGAAUCAGGAACUAAUGUCUCUAGGUAAAACUAAGAACAAGAACCCAGUUCAUAACCAAAGCAACAACUCAAGGAGAGCAAUUUCAGUGGACCAACUGAUGUACCUUAAUGGCGGAGGAUCGUUCGGCAGUGAUUGGGGGUUUGACCAAGACAUGGACAUGGAGCUGGAAGAGGCAGAGAGACCAAACUUCUAUUUGGAUCCCAGAAUUAAUGGAGAUGGAAACUAUGAAAAUGACAUUGGUUCAAUGAUCUCCAUGAUGGGCAUUCAUGAUCAUGAUCAUGAUCAUCAUCAUCAUGGAUAUCAUGACCAUCGUCAUCAAAAGUAUGAUGUUGGUGGUUCUUUUGACUCAGGUAGGUUUCAGAGAUUCCAGAACUAUCCAGCAGGUUACGGGUAUCAACAGCAGAAUCCCUCACCUUUGAUGGUAGAAAACCUAUUGGGUUCCCAGUUCAACCAAAAUCCUUAUGGUGAAUGGCUCAGAACUAAUCCUCAGAGUGUGCAUGCAAUCCUUAACAAUAAUAACAAGACGCAUGAUGCAUAUGCCCGUAUGUAUAAUCACUACUAAGCUAUACAUACAUAUGACAUAUCCAUCUUGCCUUGUCUUUUUGAGGGGCAGUACAAGAAGCCAGAGACUAGACGGAGAUAUUAUUUACCAGCUAAAAAACAGUUCUAAUUCAAAAGAUACGUGAGGAGAAACCACCAGUGUAAUACUGCUAAUAAUGCAGCUAUCAGAUACUAAUAGUCUAAUAGUGCAGUUAUGUGUUACAAUUGAGUAUAUGAUAUAGCUAAUAGUGCAGUUAUGUGUUAUAAUUGAGUAUGUAGUACGUAAAGACACGAGCAAUCCCAAACCAAAGUACCAUGUCAUCUAGUUAAUUAUUAAAGCAAAUAAAAAGGCUGCUUGCAGAAUCAAAAGUUCAAGCAAUUUACCUA